AUGGAAGGGAAUAGUGAUGAUAGAAUCUCGAAAUUGCCAGAGCCAAUUUUGCAUCACAUCAUGUCUUUCCUACAUGUUACUGAUGCGGCACGAAUGAGUACAUUGUCCAAGGUUUCGGAUAGCGCUUGGAAUUCACUCCCCUACUUAAAUUUUGAUGAUAUUUUCUACUGGUGGUCAAAAGAUCUGAAUGUUGUUAUAGAUCAAACUCUAGCAAGUAGGAAAAAGCACAAGAUUUCCAUGCAAAGGUUCUCUCUAUGGUUAGGCCAUUAUCAUCGUCUUUCUUAUGUCGAUAGAUGGAUUAAGAUACUCAUAGCUUGUAAUAUCAAAGAGUUGAAUCUAAGAGUAGACAAACGUGAUUAUCAGGGCAGCAUGGUAUACAGCAGAUUGCCAGAGGCAAUCUUUGCUGCCAAAUCACUAAAUGUUCUGAGUUUGUAUGGAUCUAAGAUUGAAUUGCCCGCUGAUAAUGGUACGAUAAAGUUAUCAUCUUUGAGAGAAUUGCACUUCACUUUUGUGUUUUUGGAUGAGCAAUUUAUUAAGGCUAUGUGCACAAGCUGCGGCAAUUUAGAGCAUCUAUUUCAAGGGACUCACCAGCUUUCAACAAUUAACCUCGAAGACCUUAGGAUCAACAACCUUAAUGGGCAUAUAAAGGUUGUUAGAAUAACUGCUUGCAAAGCCCUCAAGAGUUUGUACCUCAAUUAUGUGGACAUUACUGAUAAUUGGAUAGAGGAACUACUUUACAGCCUACAAAAUCUUGAAAAGUUUGAGUUAACUCAUUGCAAGACCUUGAAGAAUAUGAAGAUCGCAAGUGAUAGCCUCAAAGAACUGUGCAUACGUGGUUGUGACAAUUUGAUUGCUGUUGACUUGGACGCUCCUAAUGUAAUAAAGAUCUGCUGCUUUAAAUUAGCUUGGAUUGAAGAAAGCGAAAAAGGGCAAAAGACAAAUUAUUGCCAUUGGAUAAAGCGGAAGUUAUAUGCAGUUGAUCGACUUCAACAAGAAUAG